AUGGACACGCUACCAAUACUACCGAUAUCCCCUUUCAUCGCCUCCCUCCCCAAAGUCGAACUGCACAUUCACAUCGAAGGCACCCUCCAGCCUCUCCUCCGGUGGACCCUCGCCCAACGCAACAACGUCCCCCUCAAAUUCAAACAACAAACCUACCUGACCUACCAAGAGCUUCUCGAGUCCUACAAAGUUACAUACAACCACCGCCCAGAGCUGGGCGGCCGCAAAGAUGUGCCCACGUUCCUGGAAGCCUACCUUGCCGGCUGCGAGGUGCUCCUCCGAGAAGAAGACUUUUACGACCUCGCCAUGGACUACCUGAAGCGGUGCCAGGCGAUGCACGUGCGCUACGUCGAGCCAUUCUUUGACAUUCAGGCCCACACCAGGAGGGGAGUCGCCGCCGGGGCUGUUCUAAACGGCUACCUGAGGGCUCAGAGGGACGGCGCGGCACGGUACGGUGUCAAGUCGCAGUGGAUAUUCUGCUUUUUGCGUGACGAGCCCGUUGAGGAUGGCGAGGCUGCCUACGAGGCCGCCCUGCCGUGGGCUACAUGCAAAGGGGGACACGGGUUGUUCCACGCCGUUGGGCUGGCGAGCAAUGCCUACGAGAGACCGCCGAUUCUGUUCAAGAAGGCCUUUGCCCGUGCGAGAGCAGAUGGGCUGCAUCUCACCACGCAUUGCGAUUUCGGCCAGAAGGAUACCCAUGAGCACAUCCGGCAGGCUAUUUUCGACCUGGGUGUUGAAAGAAUUGACCACGGACUGGAUGCCCUUGAUCGUGACGAGCUCGUGGAGGGCCUCAAAACGAGGGGAGUUGGCCUGACACUUUGCCCCCAUGCCUACCACCGACGCACCGCCACCGGAGCCUUGUUUCCUAAAUUACGGCAGCUUCUGGACAAGGGCGUCAAGUACUGCAUCAACAGCGACGACCCUGCGUACAUGCACGAUGUAUGGAUCGACGGCAACCAGGAGAAGGCAUAUCACCAUGGUGGGUUGUCCAAGGCGGACAUGGUGCAGUUGGGGAGAAAUGCGGUAGAGAUGUCCUGGGCCGAUGAGAGUGUCAAGGGGAGCAUCUACGCAGAAUUGGAUGCUAUCGACACCGAGUAG